AGCGGGUUGGGCUGCGGAGGGAGGGGUUGGUUGCGGCGAGUCUGUCAGGCUCUGAGGUGGGGUAAACACACACAGUCGGGCUCCGGGCGCUGGACGGAGGCGGCGAAAGAAGAGUCCUGGCUGCUGCGGCUGACUUUGUUGCGGUGUCGUCGGCGUCGAGGGCUCCGGUGGCGGCAGGACGAAGCAGCCGGAAAAAUGGCGACGGCCGCCCAAGUGUGCGAAAACAUCCAGAUGCUGCUGGAGGCGGCCGAGUUCCUGGAGCGGAGGGAGCGAGAAGCUGAGCAUGGCUAUGCUUCCAUGUUACCCUACAGCAGCAAGGAUAGAGAUGCCUUAAAACGAAGAAACAAAUCUAAGAAAAAUAGUAGUAGUAGCAGAUCAACACACAAUGAAAUGGAAAAGAACAGACGUGCUCAUCUGCGACUGUGUCUGGAGAAGCUCAAAGGGCUGGUGCCUCUUGGACCGGAAUCCAGUAGGCAUACCACGCUAAGUUUACUUACAAAAGCUAAAUUGCACAUUAAGAAACUUGAAGACUAUGACAGAAAAGCAGUACACCAAAUAGAUCAGUUGCAACGAGAACAGCGGCACCUGAAAAGGCAGCUGGAGAAACUGGGCAUUGAGCGAAUAAGAAUGGACAGUAUAGGAUCUACUGUUUCUUCUGAUCGAUCCGAUUCAGACAGAGAAGAAAUCGAUGUGGAUGUGGAAAGCACAGACUACCUAACAGGGGACCUAGACUGGAGCAGCAGCAGCAGCCCAAGUGAUUUGGACGAAAGGGGAAGCUUGCAGAGUGUCUGCAGUGAUGAGGGCUAUUCAAGCGCCGGCAUUAAGAGAAUAAAGCUGCAGAACAAUCUCAAGGCUUGUCUCAGCCUAUAAGGAGCCAGUAGCUUUCUUUCCAUCCAUUGCUGUUUCCUUGUUGGAUCUUACUAGGUAGUAUGUUGGACCGUCCCACAAUUCUCUUGCACGUAAACUUAUUGUGCCACCAACAUUACCAAAAUCUGCUUUGCCUAAGUCUGAAAACAGUGCAUAGGGUUGUGGGUUACAAGCUACUCUCUGGAGCACACAUCUGAUGGCAUCCACUAGCUUCCCUUUUCUGUCAGUAAACUCAUCUCUGUGAGACUGAACAUUCCUACCAAAUUUCUAAGCACCCAAUAAUAUUGUUGCAGUAAUAGCAACUUACACUUUUUGCCUGUGCUGCUAUUGCUUAAUGUUCAAGAUUAACUUUUUCACUAUAGGGGUGGGAGGAGGGGAGAGCAUAAUAUAAGGUGUCUGAAACAGCCAGACUAGCCACUAUUCCUCAAACAUGACCUCUAUAGGAAGAACUCGUGGUUUCUGUCAUUCAGAGCUGGUAAUUGGCAGAGCAUACUUAUGAAGCAUUGCAAGUUUCUGUGAGGUAAUUGCACAGUGAAAUGUCCCAGCCACUGUUCAGAAGUUAUUCUGAAGUGUCCCAAGUCAUUGUAGUUGUGAUGUAAUCUCUGAGACACUCCUGCCAGUACUGAAUCAAAGCUUCAUUUGGAUUAUAAGCACUGAGCCACCUUCUCAGCAGUAGUCCCAGAGGACGAGGAUUGAGACAGGCAACUGGCAGACUAAAACUAACUUUGGCAGAAAUAUAGUAGGAAUAGGAUUGUGCUGUAGGCUUUUGAUGGGGUGGGGUUCUUUUCACUAUUAGCUCAUUACCUUGGUAGGAUGCCUUUACUUAAAAAGACAUCUCAAUUAUCUUUGGUGUCAAAAGACCAAAUGGUACUUUAAACUACUCCAGUGCAAUCUUUAUGAUGAUGUCUUUGCAUUGAUAGCUGCAUUUACCUUUUGUUCCUAGCAGCAGUUCUAGCUAAGUCCUUCUUGUCUCUGGGACAAUUCUUUCUACCUCAGAGAGAUGAACAAAGCUGAUCUCGAUCCCUUUAGCACAAAAGAAUUAUGCCUCAUUUGUAUACUUGGUUCUAGUCCAAUCUGUUUACUUAAAAAAAUUCAGCAAUAACUGAGUGACAAAGUUAGCUGUGCUAGCUUUGAGUUAAUGACUGAGGAGACUGCAUUACAGUAAUUCUGUGGUGCCAUCUUGGCAUUCUAGUACUCCUUUGCCUGUUUAAAUUAUUUGGUAGCCCUCAGAAAAGUGACUUGCGUGUGGAUUUUAGGUUUGACUUUAUUAUCUUUUCUGUCCGCUUCUCACCCUGUCUCUCGUGUCCCACAUCCAACAGCAUUCUAACCACUAACUAGAGCACACAAAAUGUACAUAAUGUGGUCUAUGAAUAGUAUUUAUUCAUUUUUAUAUAAACUUAAUGUAAUAACAUUCUUAUGAUUUUAUGCUUUUAUAGAUGUUUAGGAAACUUUGUAUUUCAAGGUCCACUGAGUGAGAUUUCCUUAGUCCCAUUCUCUUUGCUUUGAACAUUUAACUCCCAGUGACUUUUAAUAUUUAUUUGUAUGCAGCUUGCUGUCCCCAAGCACUUAAAGGAUACCUGAGAGCCAAUUAAGCAACUUCAUGUCACUUCACUCUAAAAGGGCUAUGUAGCUUAUUUAGCUUCAAAAUGUAAUUCAUGCUUGCUUGCAUGACCUGAGCUGCCAAAAUCCACUAGGACACAAGUUCUAAACAACAUGAAAAUUACAUUUGAUUUCUUCAAGAAGCUUAAAGCUAUCUUGGGGGGGGGAAAUACAAGAUGGGAAGUGGGGCUAGUGGAUUGCUAAAGAUCUCCAAAGCUAUUUCUUUUGAGUGUGCUAUCUUUUUAAAAAAAAAAAGGCUGGAAUUUUAAGUUGUCCAGCAGACUUGCACUGAACUCCUAUUUGUUGGAGGCCUUCUUGCAUUUAUAAGCUGGCUUUGAAUCGUAGCAGAAAACCCUUCAGAGAGCUAGCUCCCAACCUGUAAACUAAAAGAAGUUGAGUAGCUGCACUUUGAGGUCCUUUGUUCCGACAUGUUUCUUGCCUGAGACCUUUGAGAUUCUAUAUUUGUUAAUGAGUUGCAUAAAACUGCCUCACAAAUUCAACUCCAUGUUGCCACUUUAAGGUUCAAAGUAACUUCAGAUUUUGGGGGCAUUUUGAUGGGGUAAAUUUGAAUAACAAAUUUGUGUACUUUUCUUUAGACGUAACGAGUCUUAAGGAUUCGGCCUAAUGUGUUUUAAUUGUUGUGCCUUUAUAUGAGUUAAUUAUAACUGGGCGCAAUCCACUUCUAACUUCUCCUACAUAGUAGCCCUUUUUUCUCUUCCUCCUUCCCCGACCCCCAAAUAUCUAGACACAUGGAAGUAGCAGUUUAGCCAUGGUUGUAUGUGGCCACUUUUGUUUUGGUGUACUUUGAGCCGGAGAAAUUCCUGAUGGAUUGUGCCUGUUAUAUUUUUAGUAAAAUACUGUGGGAUUCUUGUUUUGGGGGGCUGGGGUUUUGUUUUGUUUUUUGGUCCCUAUUGUGAACUGGUAAUUAAUCUUUGCACUGUUUGGAUGUGAUCCUUUCAAAAUUUGGAUGGUACAGAAAUAUUGAACUUGGCAAAUGAUGCACUAGUGUUUUUUUUUUUUUAAAAAACUAACCUAAGGAGGUGAGCGGGGUUUCAGAAGCAUCUGGGCAGGUAAAACAAUUUGUCCUGUGGGCUCCAGGGACACCUUUAAAUCUCUUGGCUAGGACUGGCCUUAGCAGCUGCAAACAUUUGUGGUGCUCUUUGCUAUUCACCCAGCCCAUCGCUCAGAUAGUUGUGCCCACUUCAAGGAUGGAUAAAUAGGCCCAGUUGCAUACAUGGCCCCCAUUAUUAGAAAUUCCUGCCAACAGGGUGAGGGAGGUUUGUACUGUGCUUGCAGAUAGGCAGCACUGGUGUGGUGCGUAACUGCACUAAUCUAUCCUGUCUCAACUUCAUGAGCAGAGGUUUCAUACACUGCCAAGGUGGUGUGGGAGCAACCACAGGGGUAGCAAGUGGCAACCAUGUCACCUGGGUGAUGUAUAAGCUGGGCCAUAGAAGUGUGACAUGGCCUAGCCAGACUUUCUCUCGAAUUCACUGAUCCACCAGCAUUAUGACUCGAUAAACUGCAGCUACAUUAAUUUUGAAGAUUACUAAAGGGGAACUGGGGUUGUUUCUGUGCCUGUGUUUACAGCUGGAAGCCGCAUGUGUUAAAAAGGUCGCACUAAACGCUGCUGCACUCAGUAAUGGCCUGCGCAGAAGCAAAUGUGGGGCGCACUUGAUUGGAAAUGGAAAUUCAAAUUUUUUGCUCUUUCUGAUCAGAAGUAAAUGUGGAUGUCAGGGUGACAGUCUGAAGUAGCCUAAAAGUAUUGUCUGUACCUGAUGAACUUUUCUCCUGAGUGUUGAACACCCAGAAAUUUUAUUAUGGUAUUGUGUUUUUUAUAAAGCAGAGCUUUCAAGGUGCUGAUAGUCACAUCUUGUGAACUUUUUUCCAGGGUUGGUGUGAAUACCUGUUUUUGAUUCAAGUUGAGCACUUAUUUGAGAUGUCCAGUGAGGUGCCACAAACUUUCCCACCCUCUUGCAAGAUUCCAGAGCUCUGGGCAUUAGCAGGCUGAGUUCUGCCAACUGCCAUUUUAGCACUUUGUUCUCAGAAUAUGGCACUUCUCUCCCACCCUUAUUCCCCUCCCUCAUUCUUUUGUCUUGUUGCUCUCCAGAACUAAAUCUCUCCAAGAGCGCUUACAAAUCCACUAGAAGGAAGCCCUAUGUUCUUUGGGAGGAUGGGAUGAAUGAUGGGGAAAGUUCUUUUUUUUUAAGUGCUCUCUGCCUAAUUAGAGUGAACUGGGCAUCUGGUGUAAGCUCUAGCAAUAUAUUAGGACUCUUGAGUCCUCCUUUUGCCCUCUUGGUAACAAAUUUCAGGUUUUGACACUUAACUGUAUAGAGACAAAUUCUGCUUUUUAUACCUAGUUAUGUGUUUGCUCCCCUGAUUACAAAUACUGUGUUGCUUACUCCCUUGCUGCUUUGAUUUGAAGAGGGUUUAUUAUUAUUAUUAUUAUUAUUAUUAUUAUUAUUAAUUCUUUCUGUUAGGGCAAGUGUUUUGUUUUUGUACAUUAUGACCACCUGAAGCUCUUUGAACAUCUAUGUGAAUCAGUGACACUCUUAGUUUGGAGGAAAAACACCCCCACACACUACUGAGCAAACAAAAUCUCUUUCUCUGCUCCUGCGUCUCUGUACAAAGAUUGACUAUAGCAAACCUGUUUGUUUUGAAUAUUGUGGUCUGGUUGAACAACUCUUAAAAGUCAGCUUGUUUGGCUGCCAUCUGCUUGACGGCUUAAAUAUGCUUACUGAAACAUACCUGUUCCCUUCUGAUGUGCCCAAAGAUUUGGCCUAUCUGGAGGAGUUUGGCUUUAUUUUUGUGCUGUUCUUUUUGAUUGACCUUUCCUCAAAUAGGUGCUCUUAACAACACUUGCGCUUUUGAACUCUUGACAUUAGUUUUGGAGUCUUCCAAAUAAAAAUGCAGCCUAAACAGGGGAGCAGCAGAUAGGGAGAAAAUAGGAAUUCAGUUUCCAGGUGUUCAGUUCCUAAUGUAAAUACCAUGUCAUAAAAAUCCUGUGUCAAGACCAUAUAAUGGUGCUUUUUAUUACAGUUAGCACAUGCAUUUUUAGAAAUUACAUGUUUUAGAAGACCUUGCUGUGUAUAUGUAUACUUCUGUAUUGUUCAACUGUUAGAAAAUAAAUUAUUUCAUUAUUAAA